AUGAAGAAGAGCCAUCUGGUCAAAAGGGGUGUACAGGAUGCUGCCCAACUCUCAUCCCAACCGGACAAAGUGGGUUGGAUCCGCAAGUUCUGUGGUAAAGGGAUUUUCAGAGAAGUCUGGAGAAAUCGCUUUGUAAUGCUUAAAGGAGAACAUCUGUAUAUAUUUGAAAAAGAGAUGAAGAAUAAUGGAAAGACACAUGAAGUGUUUGACCUGGCUGAGUAUGAGCAAUCGGAGGAGGUGCGCAAGGCCAAGAGUCGCAGCAAGAAGAACCACAGCAAGUUCACUCUUCUGCGCUGCCGACAGCCAGGCACACGGACUCCCAAUCUUGUGUUUUUGGCUGUAAGUCCAGAAGAAAAGGAAUCCUGGAUCAAUGUUCUAAACGCUGCUAUUACUAGAGCCAAGAAUCGUGCUUUGGAUGAGGUCACUAUUGAAGAGGAAAGCUUGUUGUCUCACCCUACACGUGACCGUGCCAAGAUCCCACUUGGGCGGCGCUUGCCUACACGAGGUCAUCUUAUGGCCGUGGCCUCCAGCUCAUCAGAUGGUAUGCUAACUCUAGAUCUUGUGCAUGAAGAGGAUGCUGACUUGCUGGAGCAUGAUCAGGCUGUGUGGGUGAAGGACCACAGAGGAAACCUGGACUUGUUGGCUCCUGCACGUAGGCGUGCUGGCACUGAUGCCUCCAGGCAUAGAGAAACCUCUGUGGAGGCUAAAGUAAAGACCAGCAGUUUACCCCGUGAAAGUGAGAUUUCCUGGAGCCACCCAAGUCAGACUCAUACUCCUCAGCAUGAAACCCAGCCUGACACUUUGGGAAAGAGUUGCUAUGGCUUAAUAGACAAUGUUAUUUCGAGUGGGGAACAGAGACGCACCCACAGGGAGUUUUUCAGUCGCCAGAUCUCAAUGGAUCAGUGUCCCACAAGCCAGCUGCAAGACAUGAUCAACCUUCGACUACAAAGGGCCCAAGAACUAUUGGCUGAAAUUCAGGAACAGGAGCUCAAAAGGGGUAAAAUGGGAGUCUACCCUAAUUUUAAGGGGGUUGAUUCCCCACGACUGUGUCACUUAAAGAGCUCAGAUUCACCAAAGUCCAUGAGCUCAAGCUCCCAUGUCUCAUCUCAAGGGAAAAGCAUUGGCUCUCCCUCCCAGCUGAAAGCCAAGGAUUCACCUAGCUCGAAGAUAAAGGACUCACCUCAUGUCAAAGCAAAGGAUACCCCUAAUUCAAAGUCCUCCAAAUCACAUAAUUUUAAGGAUCAGUUCUGUUCAAAGAGCAUUGACUCAUCUAAUUCAGAAGGUUCCAAUUCACCCAAUAUAAAAUGUUUAGAUCUGACUCAAAUAAAACUUUCCAACUCACCAAUUUCCCCAGGCAACAACUCACCCGGUUUAAAAGGUGUAGACUCAACUAGUUUAUGGUUUUCGUGUUCACCCCAUAAUCAAGGGACGCAAGGCAUAGUCUCUCCUUUCACUGAGCUGCUGGACUGGGAGAGCAAAAGGGCAGCAGCUGAACGGCUACUACAGGAAGCCGUAUCCUCUUGGGUGGAAGCAAGAGAGGUUCUGGCAGAGGUAAAGGAGCUACAGACUCGACAGAAGCAGAAAGGAACGGUUAAACCUGAAGGACCUUUAACACAGGACAGUAAAGCUGCAAGUUGACCCUUCCACAGCCAGUCACUAUGCUUUGUACAACUUGUUGGACUAUUGCAAAUAAAUGGCACAUAAAGAAAGCACAAUAAACACAUAAACUGCA